GUUUCGCUUCCAAGCCUGUGUGUGUGAUAUUCGAUGCGCUUACACAUACAUAUGAUGAACAGGAAUUCUUUUUAGUUCAUCAAAUGAAUACAAAGUUGUAAAUUGAAAGGAAACGCCGAUACCAAUUGUUCAGUAUUUACAAAAACAUGGAACCGUUUACCCAAAAUGACGGCAAUCACGACGAGUUAAUAAUUCAGCAGAAGCGUGAUAUUGAAAAAGAGAUCAGCGAGACGACUCCGUUGGUCAGCGAGCAGUUGCCACUCACCUGCUUGUAUGCGGAGUACAGUGGCGACGAGAUCUUCACCGCCAAGAUACAGGAUCUGUCCAAAAAGUACAAGUUCAUCCGCCGCACCCGCCCCGAUGGCAAUUGUUUCUUUAGAGCCUUCGCAUAUUCCUACUUGGAGUACUUGAUCUCAAACAACAGUGCCUACCAGGAGUUCAAAAAACUGGCCGAGGAGUCCAAGGAAAAGCUCGUUCAGCUUGGAUUUCCCAGUUUUACAUUGGAGGACUUUCACGAAACUUUUAUGGAAGUCAUCCAGCGGGUUAGUCCCGAUAAUCCAGGUGGACACAGCACGGUCCAAGAUGAAUUGCACAAAAUCUUUAAUGAGCAGGGAUACUCAGACUACGUGGUGGUUUACCUACGUUUGAUCACCUCGGGAAAACUGCAGGAGGAGGCCGACUUCUACCAAAAUUUCAUUGAGGGCGACCUCACCAUUGAGGCGUUCCGCCAUCUGGAAGUGGAACCGAUGUACAAAGAGUCGGAUCACAUCCACAUUAUCGCGCUCUGCACCGCCCUCGGUGCUGGAGUACGUGUUGAGUACUUGGACCGUGGAGAGGGCGGCACUGUGAAGGCCCACGACUUUCCCGAGGGAAGUGAACCCAGAAUUUACCUGAUAUAUAGACCAGGCCACUACGAUAUACUGUAUCCAAAUUGAAUUGCUCUCAAUAGUUUCUAGCAUACGAAACGUUUUAUGUAUAUAAGAUGUAUAAUAAAUUACCAUUUAUUUGCAUA